GAGGAAUUCUCUGCAUGGACAGUGAUGUGCAGGGUGUUUUCACCAGUUGGUCAGGGGUGUGGGUAGAAGUCGGGGUGGUGGACAGGACUGGUGAAUUCUGAAAACAAGCUUGGAGAUGCUUGAACAGACUGGUGCACACAGUUCAGCUGUUCUUGAACAAUAUAUCUUUUUAUUUAUUUAUUUUUUGUCUGGGUUAGACUUUUAAGAUGUUCCCAGAUUAGACAGAAAGAUGACCUCCGACUGUGUGUUCUGUAGCAUGUUUACCAACAGUGGAAGAUACAACGAUCUCCGACAAAGCACACGUUCAUCCAGCCGAUGAAAAUAGACUCAGCCUGUGAAUUAAGUUCUGAAGUCUGGAGAAGAGUCUGCUACAGCAUCCAUGGCAAUGAAUCCUCUGGAAGGUCUGAUGUUUGCUGUUAACCACCAGUUGGUCUCCAGCUCCACAGCCGAGCAGCAGAAGCAGCAGCCCUGUGCAGCCGGCAGCCCAGCAUCCCUGCAUGGACACAGGCAGAGCAUACGCAGCAGCUGUGCGCCAAGGAAGUGGGUGUGUGGGUCCAAGUCAAACUCUGGUUCUGGUUUUGCGUCUGCGGUCCAGUCCAGGACACUGAGGGGUCAGCACUCCCCAGAAAACGCAGCGCGAGAGAGGAGCCGCGUACGCAACCUGCGACAGGCCUUCCACAGCCUGCAGGCUGCUCUGCCUUCCGUCCCACCAGACACCAAGCUGUCCAAGCUGGAUGUCCUGGUUCUGGCUACUAACUACAUAGCUUACCUAACAGAGACACUGGAUCAGGGACAAACGCUGGCUGAACAUACUGUGCCCUCCAGGCCAGGUGGAUACCUGCAUCCCGUUAAGAAAUGGCCCAUGCGUUCCCUGCUCUACUGCGGCAGUGUGGGAGAGCUGCUACCAGGAGUCCCAGCCAAUCAGAUGCCUCCGUUCGUACAGGAUGAGACACACCCAAUGACCUCCACCUCAGAAGCAUGCAAAGAGUGA